UCAGAGAGGGUUAAAGCCCAGCACGUCAGCUUCCCUCAGUACCCAGCGAAUGGCACUUCACCGAACAGAAAUGUGUCCCACGGGUUAUGAGAUGGACGUGCUGUCCUGGGAUUGUAUUCCAGUUGACACAGUUCCAGUCCAUGAAGAAGCCAGCACAAUCAGUUUGACUACGACUGUUGUGUCAUCAGAGUCGAUUGCACGUGUGACAGAGGAUUAUACCUGGAUUACAUAUAUCGCUGGAAUAUCAAUUGCAUUCACCGCCGUGGUGACGAUCAUUGUCUUCGUCUCUGUACACAUUCAGCGGCGGAAGACAGCAGCCAGAAGAGCGAACAUUUACGUGGAAGCACCGGAAGAGUUUGAUAAACUGAAUGGGAGCACCUCAAGGAAAAAGAGCUUCUGCUUGCAAGAAAACAACAGCAAUUCUCAAGUGGUGAACAAGAUUUCUAAAGACUUAGUGGUAAAGACUGAGGUCAGGAACACAGGAUAUUCUGAGGUCCACAACGGCAAUGCUAAAAAUUGCACGCCAGAAAAUAAUCUUGGACCUGAGCAAACCGAGGAUCACAGUUUCCCAUUGCCCGCCACUGAGCUGGGAGCAACCGUCCUUGUCACCACCAAAACAAUCCAGGUAGCUGGUGAAACUUCCCAAUGCUGAACCCUCUUUGCAGAUCAAAUCAAGAAGCUCUCAGGGAGGGAGCCAGGAUGUCUGUGGCAGAUCAGUCAUGUUUAGGACUUUAUAAUCGCACUGAGCAAAAUUUUCUCCAGGGCUUUCCCGUUUGUCCGCCUGGACUUUGUGAAGGAUCUGCAGAGAUCCCAGCAACACAGUGAAAGCCCGGUUGCACUGGGGUUUCAUCAGAUCUUCAGCCACAGUUAGGGCACGUUUCGGAGAAUCUCCAUGGAUAUUCACCCUCCAAAGUAACUUUACAAGAACAAAAUACUGUAAAUGCAGGCAACAAGAAAUUGAAGCUUGAAAUGUUCAGCAGGUCAGGUGGGAUGUGUGGAACGAGAAACAGAGUUCAUAUUUCAGA